AUGUCCCAGUUGGUGGAAUGUGUCCCCAACUUCUCAGAGGGGAAUGACCAGGAGGUGAUUGAUGCCAUCUCUCGAGCCAUCUCCCAGACCCCAGGCUGUGUGCUACUGGACGUUGAUGCUGGACCCUCCACCAACCGCACUGUGUACACUUUCGUGGGGCAGCCAGAGUGUGUGGUUGAGGGAGCCCUCAAUGCUGCCCGCACAGCCUGGCAGCUCAUUGACAUGAGCAAGCACACGGGAGAGCACCCUCGCAUGGGUGCUCUGGAUGUUUGUCCCUUCAUCCCAGUGAGGGACGUCAGCAUGGUUGAGUGUGUGCUCUGUGCUAAGGCCUUUGGCCAGCGGCUGGCAGAGGAGCUCAAUGUACCAGUGUACCUCUACGGUGAGGCUGCGCAGACACCCAGCCGCCAGACCCUGCCGGCUAUCCGGGCUGGGGAGUAUGAGGCCCUGCCUGAGAAGCUCAAGCAGGCAGAGUGGGUGCCUGACUUCGGCCCUAGCUCCUUUGUCCCCAGUUGGGGUGCCACUGUCACAGGUGCACGGAAAUUCCUCAUUGCAUUUAACAUCAACCUGCUCAGCACCAAGGAACAGGCCCAUCGCAUUGCUCUCAACCUGCGUGAGCAGGGCCGAGGGAAAGACCAGCCAGGACGUCUGAAAAAGGUUCAGGGCAUCGGCUGGUACCUGGAUGAGAAGAACCUGGCUCAGGUGUCCACAAACCUCCUGGACUUUGAGGUCACAGCUCUGCACACAGUCUAUGAGGAGGCCUGCAGAGAGGCUCAGGAGCUGAAUCUCCCAGUGGUGGGCUCGCAGCUGGUGGGCCUGGUGCCUCUGAAGGCCUUACUGGAUGCCGCAGCCUUCUACUGUGACAAGGAGAAUCUGUUUGUUCUGGAGGAGGAGCACCGGAUACGGCUGGUGGUGAACCGGCUCGGCCUGGAUUCCCUGGCUCCCUUCAACCCUAAGGAGAGGGUCAUCGAGUACCUGGUUCCAGCUAGUGGAUGCGAGCAGAGCCUGAUGGACAAGUCACUGCUCAGCUUUGUACGGGAGGUGGGCGCCCGCUCUGCUGCCCCAGGUGGCGGCUCUGUAGCAGCGGCUGUGGCAGCCCUGGGUGCGGCGCUGGCCUCCAUGGUGGGCCAGAUGACCUACGGGCGGCGCCAGUUUGAUGGACUGGACUCCACCAUGCGGCGCCUGAUCCCACCCUUCCACGCGGCCUCCGCCCAGCUGAUCCCAUUGGUGGAUGCUGAUGCCCAGGCUUUUGCUGCCUAUUUGGAGGCAAUAAAGCUGCCCAAGAACACACCGGAGGAGAGGGACAGGUCCCCCCGCGCCUCCCCCGAGGGGCUGAGACAGGCAGUUGCUGUGCCCCUGAAACUGGCAGAGACUGUGUCCCAGCUAUGGCCAGUGCUGAAGGAGCUGGCCCUAUGUGGAAAUGUGGCCUGCUUGUCUGACCUGCAGGUGGCAGUCAAAGCCUUGGAGACAGGUGUGUUUGGCGCAUACUUCAAUGUGCUCAUCAACUUGAAGGACAUGACUGAUGAUGCAUUUAAACAGAAGAUGCACCAUCGAAUCUCCAGCCUUCUGCAGGAAGCCAAGACCCAGGCGGCACUGGUGCUGGCUAGCCUAGAAGCCCGGAAGGAGUGA